AUGUUUAACAUUUACUAGUUUGAGAAUGAACUCAAAGAACAGAUUUAAUAUGAAAAAAAGAGAGUAAACGAGUAGAAAUGGAAGGAAAAAAGAUAGAUUUAAAAGGAUUAAAUGGUUGAGAACUACAAAAAAAGACUCAACUAAUUUCUCUCAGAAAUGAAGUAAAAGCCAAUUAAGAUAUAUGAUGAUAUUGUUGAUAUGAAAUUGAACUUGGUCAAUAAGUUUAGACCUGAGGACGAGUCAAAGAUAAUAGGACCAAAAAUAAUGAAACUAAAAGAUUACCCAAGCCGUGCAUAAUCCCCAAAUUAUGUGAGUCAUAAGCAAAGUCAAAACAUGUCUCUUGAUAUGUAUGAAAGUAAUAAAUCGCUAAAUCAAACAAAUCCUUUCAUUCCAUUUAAACCUUAUCAAUUUCGCUCAAGAGAAAAGAACAAGGAACUUUAUGGUGAUAUGAAGUUUAAAGCUUCAUUUAAAAAUGAGCGAGUAGUUGAUUAGUUAUUUGAGUAAGGUAUUGGUGGUUUAAGGAGUGACCAUCCUUAUGUCCCUCAAACUGCACCUACUUCAUAUAAUAAAAAGGUUAGCUUGAGGGAUUAAAUAGGAAAAAUAAGAAUAAGACCUAGCACAACAAAAAAUGACAUAUUUAUAUCAUAAAAUAAUAGCUCAUAAAACCUGGAACAAGAUCAGUAAGACAAUAAAGAUAAUUUGAUAUUAAUGUAGAAUUAGAUAAAUAAACAAACUAAUUAGCAUUAGUAAAUCUUAAAUAACUCUUCUAUUAUCAAAGAGCAUAAAAGCUUUUAAAACAAUUUUGUUUCUGAAAUGUAUGCUAAUGGUAACAAUAGGUUUUAGACAAACUCUGGAAAAAAUAGAAACAAAAGCCUUCCAUAUGAUUCUAAUUCAAAAAGCUUAACAAGUAAUGAUAUGUCAGUUGAAGACUUAAAUGUUAUUAAAAAGAAAGACUUAACAAAUACUUUAAGUUAAAAGAAUGAUCUAAACUACUUAAAAUAAAAUUAAAAUAUAAAUUAGAUUGUAAAGUCAAAAAGGUCUAGCUCUAUUUAAAUAAAUGAUUAUUUGAAUAACUAAAAACACGAAAACAAUCAGUUAACAAAUAACAUAAACAUAAAUAAUUUAAACUAUUAAUCAAAUAAAAACACAUUAAACAUUAGCACCCCAGAAAAAAAUACAUAUUAAAAUUAAAUGUAGAAGAUUCAUCACCAUAAUAACAGUCACAUUAAAGGAUAAAAUAUAUUACCAAUCUUGCACUAAAAAACACACUUUAAAGCUCUGACUGAACUAGCAAUCAAGCAACCUUUACUAAAAAGUGAAUUAAAAGAAGUUUAUGAUGAAAAUUUAGUUGGAAACCUGAUUGAAACAAAUCAAAUUUUUGAUGAUUAAGUUACAUCUGAUGCAAUAUAAGUAAUGAAUGAAUGUAACAUUUUUAGAACUAAGCAUAAAAAUGUAAAGGGUAUUAGAGGAACUUUAAGAAAUACUUCAAAUAACUUCAAUUAAAAUAAUUAAAUACAUAUUAAAGAAAAUAGUAUGAAGUAUAGUUUUGCUUGA